AUGUUCCCUGUCAGACGAUGGCCUUUUUUCUGGAAACGGGCUCGCCAUGCAGGAGAUCGUCAUUCAAGGCAGCUGGUGCCUGCAGAAGCUCGAUGUGCUCGAUGUAACUCGAACCACGCUUCUCUACUACGUACACUGUCUCUCUUGCAUCUCAAGUUUUGGACAGACGAACUACAUGAGACGUCAGUUGCAAUGGAAAAGUCAUCUCAUGAUGUGCCCAAUGCCUCUGACGCACCCAACAUAGUCUCGCGGCACUUCUUCUAUAAUGCCAACGCCGCCCGUAUCAACACUGAUGCACACACCUUCAAUGUCAUACAGAGACAAUAUCCAGACAUUCCCAUUACUAUCGUUCCCCAAGGAAAUUGCAACUUGAAAGCUUACGCGAACGCUGGCCAUGCUACGGUGGAAUCGGUCGACCAGCUGCCAACAAGCGAGACAAGCAGGAAUGACAAAAACAAAAGGAUCUGGCCGGAAGCACUGAAAUGGACUGUAUUCGUCCCACCGGUCAAACGUCUCGACGGUGAUCAGGGGAUUAUCGCCGAGGAGUCAUUUUUCGAGUCUUACCUGUACAAGUGGCAGGACAUGACUUUCCUUGUCUAUCUCGUCGACGGCAGAGACGGGACGGAUGCGUGGCCACAGGUUCGCAACCAGUAUAUCCUGGGUGACAAGUCCGCCGUGCACACGCUGGUCGCAACCAUUGGCCGAUAUCAGACGUCUCUUCACGCUGAGGUCUGGGUUUUCGAAGGCCGCUGGAUGAAAGACUCUCAAUUGUACAAAAACGUGAUGAAGUCUCGAUGGGAGGACGUCAUUUUGGACAAAGACAUGAAAGACGACCUGAUAGAACUUGUCGAACGGUUCUACAGUUCUCGCGAACAGUAUCACCGGCUCCGCGUGCCGUGGAAGAGGGGCGUUAUCUUCUACGGGCCUCCAGGUAACGGCAAAACGCUCUCCAUUAAAGCGACCAUGCGGACUCUGUACAAACGCGAUCCGCCAAUCCCAACGCUGUAUGUCAAAGUACUCCUCAACCAGUACAGUAUUGAUGUUGUAUUCGCCAAGGCCAGGCAGGAGGCUCCUUGUUACUUGGUCUUCGAGGACCUGGACAGCCUGGUGACGGACAGAUUGCGCAGUUUCUUCCUCAAUGCUGUGGACGGCAUUUCUGAAAACGAAGGAGUGUUCAUGAUCGGAAGCACGAAUCAUCUUGACCGUCUUGACCCGGGCAUUGCGAAGCGCCCGUCGAGGUUCGAUAGGAAAUUCCUGUUUCCGAAUCCGAGCAUCGACGAAAGAGUGCAGUACUGCCACUACUGGCAGAAAGAGUUGCGUGAUAACAAGGAAAUCGAAUUCCCAGAUGAGAUUUGUCAGGCCGCGGCGAAGAUCACGGACGGCUUUUCUUUUGCUUAUAUUCAGGAGGCAUUUGUGACCGCGUUGUUGUCCAUUGCUCGGGAAAAGGAGGGCACCGUCGAGGCGGAAGAAAGAGAUGUGGUGGGCGAGUUGCAGGGUGAUUGGGAUCUGAUUGAUGUUGCAGACAAGGACAAGGAUUUGGACGAUUAUAUCCUUUGGCGAAAGCUGAAAUAUCAAAUUGAGUUGCUAAGGAAGGAGCUUGGGAACGAGGAGGGCGACUGA